GCACUGACUGGUGGCACUGACUGGCAGCACUGCUGGGCUGCACUGGUGGGUGGCACUGGUGGGCAGCACUGGUGGGUGGGCACAGGUGGGUGGGCACAGGUGGGUGGCACUGGUGGGCACAGGUGGGUGGGCACAGGUGGGUGGCACUUCUGGGCACAGGUAGGUGGCACUUCUGGGCACAGGUGUGUGACACUGCAGAGUGGCACAGGUGGGUGCACUGCUGGGCACAGGUGGGCGGAACUUGCGGGUGGCACUGCUGGG